UCCGAGAAUUCGCAUGAUCUUUUUGUAACAUGAAGAACGAUAGCAGGUUGGUGAGGCAUGAAAAGAAAUUGGUUUUAUGAUGCGGCCACAAGGGGCACUGGUGGAACUUUCUCAGGUGAUCGAUGGAAUCAGCAUUAUUUUCAUGAAUCACACUCCGAUUUCCGUCCAUUAAUUAUACCAGCUGUUGCUCUCACCAUCGAUAAGCUACGUUCUCAUGUCUGCAUUUCCGUUUAUUCAUCGGACUCCGUCUUCCACAGCCAGUAGUUCGAAAAGCUUUGGCAAUCUCUCGGUAUCUCUUGCCGAUGAACUGUACGAUUCCCAGAUUGCUGCUUUUGUGAACCCCUCACUGUCUUCACGGCCACUAGAAAGUACCCACUUCUCGCGCACUAUUUCAAAUCAAUCGUCGACUUCGUCUCCCCCUCUGCGUUCCGCUUCGCUGCAUGCUAUCGAUUCACCAGUAUCACCGGCCAGAGGCUCUGCAUUUUCAUUUAUGAGAUCCAAAGUUGACAAAGUGGAUUCCCAAGACAUUUAUGCAUCCUUUGCGCAGGAAAACCAAGCUCCGCAGCUCGACAGGUCCGUCAGUUUGGCGAGCGACGUCGAACUAUUCGUACCCACCUCCAGACCGCUCCAUCAAAGAGGGGAUAACAAAGACAUCAAGCGGCUGUCAGCCGAGUCAACCCAGAAACGUAUUACCGCCGAGAAAAAGCAACAAUAUAUGCUGCUGCAACGACUGUAUGACCGUUACAAGCUUAUUCUUACCCAGAUAUCUCAGGUUAGGUCCAACAAUAACCUGGUAUUUCGCAUUUGAAGAUUUUGCUCACUUAUCUUUAGACGCAAUCCAAGAUAAAGAACUUGGAAGCGCGAAAAAAGGAAGCUUUGGACACGGAAGAUUACCUGUCAGCGGAAAAUUU